AAAAGUGGCAACGGUUGGCGUUUGCUGAUUUUUGACCGUCGCGACUCAGUGAAUCCCCUUUCUUCUGGCCGGCUGCUGAGGCAGUAGGCUAGAAGGAAACUUCCAAGAUGGAAACUUUGUCUUUUCCCAGAUACAGUGUUGCUGAGAUUGUAGUUCAUAUUCGCAAUAAAUUCUUAACUGGAGCUGAUGGUAAAAACUUCUCCAAGAAUGAUCUUUACCCAAAUCCAAAGCCUGAAGUAUUGCACAUGAUUUACAUGAGAGCCUUACAAAUAGUAUAUGGAAUUCGACUGGAGCAUUUUUACAUGAUGCCAGUUAACUCAGAAGUCAUGUAUCCACAUAUAAUGGAGGGCUUUCUACCUGUCAGCAAUUUAUUUAUUCAUCUAGAUUCAUUCCUGCCUAUCUGCCGGGUAAAUGACUUUGAGAUUGCUGAUAUUCUAUAUCCAAAAGCAAAACGGACAAGUCGAUUUUUAAGUGGAAUUAUCAACUUUAUUCACUUCAGAGAAGCAUGUCGUGAGACAUAUCUGGAAUUUCUUUGGAAAUAUAAAUCCUCAGUGGACAAAAUGCAGCAGCUGAACACUGCACACCAGGAGGCACUGAUGAAACUGGAGAGGCUUGAUUCUGUUCCUGUUGAAGAGCAAGAAGAGUUCAAGCAACUUACAGAUGAUAUUCAGGAGUUGCAGCAAUCACUGAAUCAGGAGUUUCGUCAAAAAACGAUAGUUCUGCAAGAGGGAAAUUCCCAAAAGAAAUCAGAUAUUUCAGAGAAAACUAAGCGUUUGAAUGAACUAAAAUUGUCAGUGGUUACUUUGAAAGAAGUACAAGAGAGUUUAAAGACAAAAAUUGUGGAUUCUCCAGAGAAGGUAAAGAAUUAUAAAGAAAAAAUGAAGGACACGGUACAGAAGCUUAAAAAGUCCAGGCAAGAAGUGAUGGAGAAGUAUGAAAUCUAUAGAGACUCAGUUGACUGCCUGCCUUCCUGUCAGCAGGAGGUGCAAUUAUAUCAAAAGAAAAUCCAGGAACUUGCAGAUAAUAGAGAAAAAUUAACCAGUAUCUUAAAGGAGAGCCUGAACUUGGAGGACCAAAUUGAGAGUGAUGAGUCGGAACUGAAGAAAUUGAAGACUGAAGAAAAUUCAUUCAAAAGACUAAUGAUUGUGAAGAAGGAAAAACUUGCAACGACACAAUUCAAAAUAAAUAAGAAGCAUGAGGAUGUCAAGCAGUACAAACGAACAGUAAUUGAGGAUUGCAAUAAAGUUCAAGAAAAAAGAGGUGCUGUCUUUGAGCGAGUAACAACAAUUAAUGAAGAAAUUAAAAAAAUUAAAUUUGGAAUUCAGCAGUUGAAAGAUGUCACUGAAAGGGAGAAACUAAAGUCACAGGAAAUAUUUCUAAGCUUGAAAACUGCUGUGGAGAAAUACCAUGAAGGCAUUGAAAAGACAGUGGAGGAAUGUUAUGCUCGGAUAGACGAGAAGGCUGCUGAACUAAAGAAGCGAAUGUUCAGAAUGUCAGCCUGAUCAACACAGUUACAUGUCACCUCAUAAACAGCUUGCCAUUCUCUUAAUUUUUGUUUGGGAAGGGAAUAGUUAAUGUUCAUUCAGUCUGUUGUCAUAGACUGUCUUAUAAGUGGUCAUGUUAUAAGUUGUGCAUUCAAUGUAAAUUUUUAAAAAAAUUUAAAGCUGAAAUAUUAAUACAGCUAUUCGUUAUAUGUGCUAUUUAGAGUAAAACAAAACCAGUUACUUUUACAUUAAUUUUUUUCUGUUAUUAUCAUGGUUAUUUUACUUUAUUGGCAUACCGGACUUUGGCAAUAUUGAGCCUUGGCUGUGCCCUAAGUUUUGUAGUUGGACUCUCAUUUGAUGCUCAUUAACAACUCCAGGUAGAUAUUCUAGUAUGUGUACUGCCGAAGCAAGCACAAGGUAGAUGUCCUUAUUACUCCUUUAUAAAAUAAUUAUGAAGCUCCCCAAAGAUUAAAUAACUAGGCCAAACUCUGACCUGUACUCUGCAGUAUACUGAAACACGCAAGUUUCCAUUAUAUCAUGCUUUAUAGAGUAAUUAGUUGAGAGUAAGUUCGAGUGUGGUAGUCAAUUUCUUCAUUGAUGCCACUGACCUUUUUAUGAGGGAAAUGAGGUAAAACAUGUAAAGUUGUUCAUACCAUGCCUGACACAUGGUGGGAACUCCGUAUCUAUUUUUGGUACUUAGUAUCGUGAGAGUAAGAAACUGUUGUUGAAGGUUCCCAGAAGAGGAAAGGACCCAGGAUGAGAGGAGUGGCAAAGUGAGCAGUCAGGGAGGACCCUAUAGGAAUGCAGACUUGAGCUUACUUCUUUGACCCUUCCUUGCUUCUCUUUAGUCCCAAAUGUCAAUCUAGAAAAAUUUGCCUGUGAGAUUGCAUAACAAGCACAGCACAACUGAAUCUCAUGUCUACGACACUUUACCUCCCUGGACCUAUCCAUCAUUAGUCACUGCUUUCUUUCACAGCCACAUUUCUGAAAACCUAUUCUGUUCUUAUGAAUCUGUCACAUGGCACUAUGGCUUUGAUCCAUGGCUACAUGUGCAUUUUUGUCUUCCUUAAAUUCUACUUGUCUGUCCAGUGUUUCUUUUCCCCUUUGCUUGAGAAACAUCACUCUUGGUUGUCUCAGUAUGUGUUCCUCUAAAUUUAUUAACCUAGAGAACAUUGUUCUGUUACCCCUUAAAUGUUUGUUUGCUAGGCUGCUUCACUUGGUGCUCAUCCCAGCCUCCUUUUGGAAAACCUAUUGAUACCAGUUGAUUGAGUUGGGAAUUAAGUAUCCAUAUAGCUAUUAU